UAAAUUAGAUGACAUGGCUGAGUUUAUGGAUCUUGCUGAAGAUAUUGAUGUGCCGAGGCGAAUAUUUCGUGAUAGGGAGAACCCGCUGGACCAUCUUAACGACGAAAAACUGUUACGAGAAUAUAGAUUUGAUCGUCGCGCAAUCUAUGAGAUCGCAAACAAGCUGGAAGACGACCUUGACCGUGUCACUCAGCGCAACCACUCGCUACCAUCCGUGUUACAGCUGCUUAUAGCUCUUCGCUUUUUUGCAACUGGGAGUUUCCAGUCUGUAGUGGGAGAUGUUUUCCACAUUCAUAAAUCGUCUGUCAGUAGGAUUAUACACCGGGUUGCAGGGGCCCUUUGCCGUCUUUUAAGUCAGACCGUAACAUUUCCAUCUCGUCAAGAACAGGGUGCCAUUCAGACCUCUUUUUUUCGGAAAGCGGGGUUUCCUCGAAUAAGUGGUGUAAUAGACGGCACACAUAUCAGAAUUCAGGCGCCCCGCACACACGAAGAUCAAUAUGUGAACAGAAAAAACUAUCAUUCAAUUAAUGUCCAGUUAGUGUGUGACCAUCUGUCCAUAAUUAGAAAUGUCGUUGCAUCGUGGGUCAGGGUAUAUUCUGGCAAACCAUUUGCCAAUCACGUGUAGCAAUAGGCAAAGCAAACUGUUGUACACGCCGUUUACGAACACAUGCUGGAUAACUCGCAAAGCAAAUCAUCCGUUUCCCUUUUCCAAGCGCUAUUUUGACGAAAUGACUUGGAUAAGGGAUUGGAGAAACAAGAGGCGGGACAACAGUUGAACAAUUUCAAAGUUAAAGUUCUCGUGCUUUACUACAAAUUGAAAAUGUGUCAUGUAAAAAUAUAUACUGAAUAAUACCCCAAAACAAUAUAAGAUUUAUGAUGCACGUUUACAAUAUUUCAGAGUAAAAGGUCUAAUCAAUAGGAUUUCGCUUUUCUCCUAUCCAUAAUGAAUCACAGUUCGCACUUCAGUCCAGUAGGUGGCGGAAAUGCGCUUUUAAGUGAAACAGAGAGUGUUGGGAAUGUGUCGUGUCUUAUUGAAUUAUGGCUGGAUUGUCUCAAUAUCAAGAACUUAUAACACAUAUGUACGAAAAUGGUCAUACCGAUCAAGAAAUAUCACAUCACUUGUCCGAGCUAGGAAUGCAGAGGGGAAAUUCAGAGCGAAGUAUAAGGAAAUUCCGCUCUGAAAGGGGUCUGAAAAGAUCCACUAUCUCCAAUGAGGAACUAGAAUUGGCGGUUUCUCAAGCUAUAGUAGAGACUGGACCAUGCUAUGGACGCAAAAUGAUGACCGGCUACCUUGCAUCACAGGGUGUACAUGCGUCAGAGGUUCGGGUGGGACAGACAUUGGCUCAAAUGCACGAACCAAAUCACAGGGCUCGAUGCCAGGGUGCAAGAAAUCUUAAUCCAGUUCCAUAUGAGGCAGAGUAUGUGGGUCACAAAUUGCAUAUGGACCAGAAUGAGAAACUAUGUAUGUUUGGUGUGACCCAUGUUGUGGCCAUUGAUGGUUACAGUAAAAAAAUUGUCGGACACUCCACCAUGCCGAUAAAGAAUAAUUUAACAAUUUAUGAAGAAGUGUACAGAAAUGCUGUCCUUUCCCACGGAUUGUGGGAUCAGGUCAGAGUGGACCAUGGCACGGAAUUUUAUUUAACCCUAUUCAUGCAGGACAUUGUGGCAGAAUACCGCCAUAACCAGCAAAGGCUGCCUUACCUCCAGACAACAUCAACUAAGAACCAUACAGUUGAGAGAAUAUGGCCAGAAGUAAACAAGCGGGUUAAUUUCCCAAUCAAGAGUGCUCUAAUCCAGAUGGUUGACCAGGAGUCUUUGGAUAUGGAGGAUGGAUUGUCAAGAUACUGUGUGUCCAAUCUUACAUGUGAGAUCAGCAGGGUUGGAGUGCAGCGAUUUGUUUGUGCAUGGAAUAGCCAUAAUAUUCUAGGUAAAGGCAUUCCCAAUCUACUGGCCACAAUUGGAUGCAAAGCAAGGAUCUCAGAGGACCUUCUGCCGAGGGCGUCAGAAGCUGCUGAACUGUACAGACAGACAAUGGGACACAGUUUGACGGCUCCAUCCAUAUUUGGCACUGAUCCAUUCCAGUCUGAAGAGGGCAAAAUUAGAGCAGAGACUGAAUUUAAUUUACUUUAUUCUGACCUGGCAAGUGUAUUUAAUUAUACUGUAAAUGAACACUACAGGCCAUACCAAGAUUGUGUAACUGACCUUAUUAACAUCACCAGAAGAUGUGCAUAGAGCUGUUUGACAUUGCAUUUUCACAGCUGCAUCUUGUCAGACCACUCAGAAUAUUUUGCUUUUUGGCAAACAUUGUACAUGUAUUACAUGUUAUUUAAGAAUGAUAAAUCCCAGUUAUGUUGUUUUGGAGGAAAAAUAAAGUUCUAUGGUUGUA